AUGUCUGACAAUGUCAUUCAUCCCGUGGCAGAACUGCCCUUCCCUCUCGAUCACGGCCCCGAUGUGAUGCAGACGAAAGACCCACCAACCUGCCCUGGUGAGAGCCAGGACGAGGUUCGGCGCAGUGUUUCUCUGUCACCAUACGGAGUCGAAAAGAUGACGGAGGACCAAAAAAGAUGCGAACGAUCUGCCUCCCUCUCACCCCCCGAGUUGAAGAAAUUCCGAAUCUACCAAUUGUGUCCCAAGGAGUCGUCCAUCCCUCCAGAGAUGCCCCCGUUCAGGCUCCCAUCGAAACGACAAAUCGGUCAGAAUGACCAGAUCGAAGGACCGAGCACGGUAUCACACAAACGGAAGAGAUCACCCACACCGGCAUCCGACAAGCCAACAUCAGAUAUCCCGAUGUCAGAUGUGUUGGUCUCCUUGACACCUCCAAACCGCAAGCCUGAAGGAUCUUGCAGCUUUCGGGGUGUCAUUGAGCAUAGAAGGGCCGAAGAGGCGUUGGAUUUCGCAUGGAAGAUGGAGACUUGUGCAAUGAGGACCGAUAAUGCCCAUCGUCACAUUUUUUGGACUGAUGCAUCGAUCGUCUUCGGUGCCUGUGCAGCGGGGUCGGUGGUUUGGAAACAGCCACCGUCGUGGGAGUGGAAGGUCCAAGGCUUUCCUUACCCUCAUCUCAUACAGAGUACCGAGGUUGUGGAGAUGUUUGCGAUUGCCCAUGCUUUGAAGCAUGCGGUCGAUGAUAUCAAGCAGUCACUAGGUGAUGCAGUGAAAGAUCCGGACACGCAGAUUACUCACGAGGUAUUUGUGUUCACGGAUUCCAUUGGUGCACUCACCAGUGUUGAGAGGGAUGCUCGGAGGGAUCAUGCUCGAAGAACCAGCCAGCAGGCCCAUACAAUCAUUGAAUACAGCAUUGAUCUUGAUAACCUUGGAGCCAAGGUAGAGCUGCAUUUAGUGCCUGGGCACACCGGUGUGCCCGGUAACGACAGGGCUCAUAAAGCCGCCUACGGAGCAGCCAAGCAUGCAGCAGCUGCAGCUGGAAUCACCUCAACUGAACAGGGGUGGGCUAUGCACAAGAAUCAAGCUUUCGUUGUCAUGUUUCCUGGAACCGCACCACCAUUGGUCCCAGCUACACCAGUCCCAGCUGGUAGAUCCAGAGGAUCUCGAAAGCGUGCAUCCCUGCUCUCAGGUUCAUCAGCCCAAGCUGGUACCGCCAAGAAAGUUCGAAAGCUUUCAUCCCUCCUAUGUCAGACUCUGCUUUGGAGAAAGCUCAAGGCUAAGACCCCUCCCACGAUGGUCUCACCACUAGACCCGAUGGAUGAAGAGCUGGUGAAUAUGAAAUGUAAGAGAUCCAAGUGCAUUCCUGGUCCUGAUUCUGUUCGUCCGGAUCGAACCCCGGAGCCGGCAGCUGUCCUAGAGCCAUCGUUCACUUCUGUCAAUGCAGGCUCGCGCUCGUCCACGGGAUUUACUCGUGUCAACGCAAGUUCGACCUUGUUAACAGGGAGCCCAGCCAAGGUUUCUUCCGCUCGGAUCAAGUGGUCAGCCCUUAACCCCCGGCAUUGGUUUAUGCCAGUUGACACAAGAUCAACACCCUGGGGAGCAAGCGUUUCCUCUGGAUCACCUAAAGCACAAUUCUUCGGCCCAGGACAAUUGGUCCCGGGACUACGAAAUGAGCCUGCAUCAAUUGGUGACGCAGCAAGUUUCCUCGGGCCUGGGCAAUUGUCAUUCUCUUCGGGAAACAGUGUGUCUGCAGCUGUGUUGGAAUCCAGCGCAGUGAGCAAGUAUUGUUCAGAGCCUCCUAAUCCAGCGAGAACUCCGGGUUCGAAGCAAAACAGGGGAAUCGUUGCUUUUGGCGAAACUGCCUUACCUAGUUUCAUUCCUCGAGGUAACCAGCCAACCGUAAAGAUGACUGCUCUUGCAGUGGUGUCGUUUUGUCUUGAUUCCCCAGUCCCAACUACUAAUGCAGUCUUAGUGCCGGCUCUCAAUCAAGCUUCUUUGACUGUACCGAAGCCAUUUGACUGCUUCUCAUCUCGUCCCCAAAACAACCAUUCGCCGAAUCCCAGUGGAAAUGCUGCCCUGCCCCCACAUCAGUCAAUACUUGAAACCCUCAAAACCUCUCCUUCGUUUGUCACGACAUCGAAGAUGAGAUCAUUUGCCUCCCCCGGAGAACCCAAGGAAGAAAUCACCUUGGCGCCUUUCUCAUCAUUCUAUGAUGACAAACCGAAGCAAUGGGCAGAUACGGCUCUGCCCCAGGUUCAUCCGUCAAGUAGUGACGUGCUGCAACCCCCUUCUGUGAAGUUUACCAUAUCACAGAUGGAAUUGUUUGCAUCACCCGGAGGACCAGAAGAUGGAAUCGCUUUGGCACCGCUAUCAUCAUCUUAUGAUGAUAAGCCGAAGCAGAGUGAAGACACUACUCUGACCCUGGUUCCCCCGUCAAUCAGCGACGCGCCACAACCCCCUUCUUUGAAGGUUACCAUAUCAAAGAUGAGGUCAUUCGCAAACCCCGGAGAACCCAAAGACGCAAUUACUUUGGCACCGCUCUCAUCAUCUUAUGAUGAAAAUUCGAUGCCAUGUGAGGAGGAUAUGGCUUUGCCCCCGCUUCCUUCACCGAUAGUUGAGGUGCCGAGAAGCACUUUUCCAUUUGCUGCUACAUCUAAGAUGAGAUCUUUUGCGUUUCCUGGAGUGCCUUGGAACGGAUCUGUAUUGGACCCAGUCUCAUCACCCAACGAAGGAACCCCGAGACCCACGAUGAGUUCUGGGCCGAGAUGGCCUCCUUUCACCCAAUCUCAAACGAUGUCGCCUGAUGCCGCCAAAUUUCGAUCAGGAGAGUCACCCAGAGAUGAAAGCAAUUCUGCACGGACGCCAGCCUCUGAGCCUUCUUCAAGCCUCUAG